AGUGUUUGCACAAAUCCAAUAUACUCCUUUUUACCUUGAAAAGAAGCAGAGUAGCAUAAUAAUAAAUGACAGCAGCUGUCAGGCGUAUAGCAGAAAAUAUUUGAAAAAAAAAAAAAUAGAAUGUCCCAGGUAAGGUCGGGUAAUUACUUUAACAAAGAGCAAUCAAAGCGACAGCCCAAGCAACAGGCGCCCAAAGGCUGCUGCUGCAAGCGUUCGCAAUGCAUUAAAAAUUACUGCGAUUGCUAUCAAUCCAUGGCCAUCUGUUCGAUUUACUGCAAAUGCAUUGGCUGCCGCAACACCGAAGAGCGGCUGGCUGUGGCGACGCCGCCAAAGAAAACGGCGCUCGCCGCCAAGCGUGAACGCGCCGCUGCGCUGAGUGCCAAGGCAGCGGCUGCAGCGGCCAAGGCUGGCAUCAAUAUUCAUCUCAAGCCCGCGCCCGGAUCAGCGGCAUUUGCCGGUCAGCAAUUUGGUGCGGCCGCACAGCCAGUAGCUCCAACGCCACAAAUUCUACAGCUGCCCGAUUUGGAUCUGGAGAAUAUAAUCACAUUGCCGCCACCGAAUGCCGCUAUUGCGGUUAAGAAGCCGCAGCCAGCACAGCUCUUCGCCAGCCAGCCAUCAACGCCGCCCAAGGAGGUGAAUGUGUGCAAACAGCCCGUGAAUGUAGCGUUGCUCGAGUGCAUCCUGGUGCAGGCUGCCGAGGCCGAGGAGCUGGGCCUGAACGAAGUGCAGGUGGGCAAAGUAAUAUUGCACGAAUUCGCACGGGGCUUGCAGGCCAUUAUAAAAGUCUAUAAUACAUGAAUUGCAUUCAAUUUAUUUAACAAAAUAAUGCAAAAAAAAACAUAAUAACUUCAGCAUAAAUUCGCCAUUCAAAUAUAAUUUUAUAACUAAA